UACUCACCGAUUGGUUAGUGCGCCUCUCGGGCUCGCCUACCCCUCAGACAGUGUUCAGCUAGGGCGGGGCUGACUCUCCUCGAACCUGAAUUACCCUACAACCGGCGGCAGAGAGGGAACUUCGGUCGCUCGAUUCAUGGAACAACGUGGAAAUGCUCCGUCCGUAGGAGAGAAGGGGUCCGGACAGCAGCCAUAUCCCUCUCACGCCCAUCUGUUUUCCUGCUUCUGCCUCUGCUGAGUCCAGCACUGAAGGGAUUGGAUUUUACGCACGGCACCAGGACUGAUAUUUAAAAAAAUAAAUAAAAUCACACAUCUGCUCGGUGGAAAAGAAACGCCGUUUAUUGCUGCGCCGCUGUUAGGAUGAUGUGACAAACCGGAGAUCUGCUGCCUGUGGAAGAAUCUCAGAAUACGGAUAUAUUUUAUUCAGCUGGACGCUAUAAGGCUGGCAGGCCUGGAGCAGGACAGAAAACAUGGCUGAACCACAGCGUGAAAGCACCAGCAGCCUGCAGAGGAAGAAACCUCCCUGGCUCCGACUGGACAUUCCCACAGCUCAGAUGUCACUAGACGAGCCUCCUACUUUUGUUCAGCCGGUGAGACGGCAGGGGUUCCUUCGCAGUAUCAGCAUGCCGGUGGAGACUUCUCACCUCCAGUCUCCAUCCCGCGACGUCUUUGACACCCGGCGGCCUGUAUUACAACGCCAGUCAUCCAUUACUCAGACCAUAAAGAGGGGAACAGCAGACUGGUUUGGAAUCAGCAAAGACAGCGAUACCACUCAAAAAUGGCAGAGGAAAAGUCUUCGGCACUGCAGCCUCCGUUAUGGAAAACUAAAACCGCAGGUGAUCCGGGAGAUGGACCUGCCGAGCCAGGACAACAUCUCCUUGACCAGCACCGAGACUCCACCUCCCCUUUAUGUGCGGUCCUCACAGCAUGGAAUGCAAAAGAUUGUGGACCCGUUGGCGCGUGGAAGAGCCUUUCGAAUGGUGGAGGAGGUUGACGGCUACAGCGUGCCUCCAACCCCGAUCACACCCGGAGCUGCAUCACUUUGCUCCUUCACCAGUUCCCGCUCAGGUCUCAACCGGCUGCCCCGAAGACGGAAGAGGGAAUCAGUGGCCAAGAUGAGCUUCAGGGCUGCAGCCGCACUUGUCAAGGGGCGCUCCUUUAGAGAGAGCACUUUGAAACGAGCGCAAAGGCGAAGCUUCACUCCGGCCAGCUUCAUGGAGGAAGAUGUGGUUGACUUUCCUGAUGAGCUGGACACCUCCUUCUUUGCUAGGGACAUCCUGAUGCACGAAGAGUUGUCCACAUUUGCAGAUGAGGUAUUUGAGUCGCCAUCUGAGAUGGCCAUCAACGAGGCAGAGCCUGGAGCCAAGAAGGAUGAAAUGGAGCUGACAGGCAGCGCCUUGGAUAAGACAGAGCUGGAGAGAAGUCACCUCAUGCUACCUCUGGAAAGAGGAUGGCGUAAAGCCAAAGAAGGAACCCCAGGACCACCAAAGGUGCCCUUGCGUCAGGAGGUGGUGAGCGUUCACGGACAGCGGCGUGGACAACGCAUUGUUGUACCUGUCAAGAAGCUUUUUGCUCGCGAAAAGAGGCCGUAUGGGCUGGGCAUGGUGGGAAAGCUGACAAACCGCACCUACCGCAAGCGCAUUGAUAGUUACGUAAAGAGGCAGAUCGAGGAUAUGGACGACCACAGGCCUUUUUUCACAUACUGGAUCACCUUUGUUCAUUUACUCAUCACUAUAUUGGCUGUAUGCAUCUAUGGUAUUGCACCAGUGGGCUUCUCUCAGCACGAAACUGUUGAUUCUGUUUUAAGAAACAAAGGUGUUUAUGAAAAUGUCAAGUUUGUACAGCAGGAGAACUUCUGGAUCGGGCCUGGUUCUGAGUCCCUGAUCCACUUAGGGGCCAAAUAUUCUCCAUGCAUGCGACAAGAUGAGCAGGUGCACAAUCUUAUCAGGGUAAAGAGAGAUGGUGAACGCAACUCUGCGUGCUGCGUUCGGAACGAUCGCUCUGGCUGUGUCCAAACUUCAGAGGAGGAAUGCUCGAGUACUCUAGCUGUGUGGGUGAAGUGGCCGAAUCAUCCCAGCAAACCACAGUUUAACGGUAAAGAAAGGCAGCACGGCUCAGUGUGUCAUCAGGAUCCCAGGAUAUGUCUGGAGCCGGCCUCGGUGUCUCCACAUGUAUGGCCAGAUGACAUAACUAAGUGGCCUAUUUGUACCAGGUUCAACACAGGGAACCAUACCAACCUGCCUCACAUAGACUGCACCAUCACAGGCCGACCCUGCUGCAUUGGAACCAAAGGAAGGUGUGAAAUCACAUCCAGGGAAUAUUGUGACUUCAUGAAGGGCUACUUCCAUGAGGAGGCUACUCUCUGCUCUCAAGUCCAUUGCAUGGAUGAUGUCUGUGGACUGUUGCCUUUCCUCAACCCGGAGAUCCCAGAUCAGUUUUACAGGCUCUGGCUUUCACUUUUCCUGCAUGCUGGAAUCCUUCACUGCCUGGUGUCGGCAGCUUUCCAGAUGACCAUCCUGAGAGACCUGGAGAAACUGGCUGGCUGGCUGCGCAUCUCAAUCAUUUACAUCCUCAGUGGGAUCACUGGGAACUUGGCCUCGGCCAUCUUCCUGCCCUAUAGAGCAGAGGUGGGUCCAGCCGGCUCUCAGUUUGGGAUCCUGGCCUGCCUAUUUGUGGAGCUGUUUCAGAGCUGGCAAAUCCUGGCCCAGCCAUGGAGGGCCUUCAUCAAGCUCCUCUGCGUGGUGCUCUUCCUCUUCGCAUUCGGACUGCUGCCCUGGAUCGACAACUUCGCCCACAUCUGUGGCUUUAUCUCCGGCUUCUUCCUGUCCUUCGCCUUCCUACCCUACAUUAGCUUCGGUCGCAUGGACAUGUACCGCAAACGCUGCCAGAUCAUUGUCUUCAUGCUGGUAUUUGUAGGUCUCUUUUCUGGCCUCGUAGUGCUCUUCUAUGUCUACCCAAUCAAGUGCGACUGGUGUGAACUGAUCACCUGCAUCCCCUUCACGGACAAAUUCUGUGAGAAGUACGACCUCAACGCCCACCUUCAUUGAGGUGUGAGCAACAAAGCAUGAAGGUAUCAGGUCAAUCGUUGUGGACUGCUACGGGAAAUAUUUCCUCUUUCUCUGUGAACUGAAAGAUUAUUGUUGUGUUCUUUUACUCCGUCUUUAUGAAUACCUAUACUUCUCAUCAUAUGGAUUUUACUUUACGUUCCCAUUCACAAUCAUUGUCAGUGCUUUUAUUGUCCAGUGAAACAAAGCUAAGGCACUUCAAUACCCAUCAAAGAACCUGGUUUCCCUUUACAUGAGAGGAAGUAACUGGAGUGGCCAAGGCACUAGUAGACUGAAGGAUCAUAUUCGACAUUCGCAACUAUUAUUCAGGCAACCUCAAAACCAGAAGCAGGGACAAACAUAUACUAAUACCUUUGGUGCCUUGUUGAUAAAUGUACCAACUACUGCCAUAUUUUUGUUACAUUAUGCUGAGCACUCGAAUGUUUCCUUUUGUUUAUUGCUUCUCGAGAAGUGAUUAUUUUUUUGAACAAGGUGGCGUUUUAGCCGCCCAUCUACCCACAUGUAACUGAAACGGUAAAAAAAAAAAAAAAACACUUAAUAAAGAUGUGUGCUACUUUUUCUUAACGCCUA